AUCAGAAGCAGAGGCAUACGCAGCUCAGUCAGCACAACUACCAACAUCAACAGCGCAUUUAUCAUGGAAGACUGGAGGAGGAUCGACAUUGACGCAUUGGACCCGGAAAGCAGGCUUACCGACGAGCAAUUGAGGCUUGUCGACACUGACCUAGUGUCCUACGACGACGUUCUGCUCAAGUCCAGACAGGUCAAGGCCUUGCUCUCCAAGGGCAACUACUCUGAUUCUUUGAGGUUGGCACUCACCAAUCCUCCAUACCACUCUGAUAUUGAGGACACCAGGCUUUUCAACCUAUCCCUAGUCCUUGAGGUCCUCACCUCGGUGAAACAGGCCCAGAUGUCAAACAUAGUUCAAGCUCUCGAUAUCGACCAGCAGGAUAUAUUGGUCAAGUACCUCUACAAGGCAAUGAGCCAGUCCCAAAGCCAGAUCCAUUCAGGCAUUCUUCUAGCUUGGUUUGAGAAAACAAUUGAGAUUACUGGUUUAGGUCCGAUUUUGCGUUACAUGAGUGAUAGAAGACUGGUAUAAUAGCACAUCUUGUUAUUUUCUACCACCCAACACUGUUUCCACUAUUAUUAUUACACAAAUUAUAGUCAUUUUCUAUCCUGC